GAGUGGCAUUAUAUGUAAAUAUACGACCGCGUAAUCUAAAUCGAAGAUUUUUCCAUUCCCACUUCCCAAUGCAAAUCUCUCUCUCUUCUCUCUCUCUCUAGAAUAAUAAAUAAAAUUGAAAAAAUAAAAAUAAAAAAAUCCCAAAUUCCUUCACGUUUGUUUUCCAAUGGCUUCCGCCUUUAUUCGCUCCAACCGCCUUCGCGCCACUGCCGCCACCUUCGCCAUUGCCGCCGGAGCAGGAUCCUAUCUCGCCUUCCGUGAUUCCUCCGUCGCCGUCGCCGACCGCUCCUGUUCACCCGCCCUUAACGCCGUUCAAAGGAAGGUCGCCGAUCCUUUAGCCACUGUUCCCUCGAGGUCUAUCCAACAAUCCGCCUUGAUCGCUGCCAAUUCUUCCAAUCCCCUCGAUGUUCUUGUCGUCGGUGGCGGUGCUACCGGAUGCGGCGUUGCUCUUGAUGCCGUAACAAGAGGUCUCCGUGUCGGUCUUGUUGAAAGAGACGAUUUUUCUUCUGGAACGUCUUCUAGGUCCACAAAACUAUUACACGGAGGUGUUCGUUACUUGGAGAAAGCUGUGUUUAAUUUGGAUUAUGGGCAGUUGAAGUUGGUUUUUCAUGCUCUUGAGGAACGUAAACAGGUCAUUGAGAAUGCCCCGCAUUUAUGCCAUGCUUUACCUUGCAUGACCCCUUGUUUUGAUUGGUUUGAGGUGGUGUAUUACUGGGCGGGUUUGAAAUUGUAUGACCUGGUCGCUGGAGCGAGGUUAUUGCAUCUUUCAAGAUACUAUUCUGCACAGGAAUCUUCUGAGUUAUUCCCUACUCUUUCGAGGAAUGGUAAAAAUGGAAAUUUGAAAGGGACAGUUGUUUACUAUGAUGGACAGAUGAAUGAUUCUCGACUUAAUGUCGGGUUAGCGUGUACAGCUGCGUUAGCUGGUGCUUCUGUUCUUAACCAUGCUGAAGUGAUUUCCUUUCUUAAGGAUGAAGUUAGUGACAGGAUUGUUGGUGCUCGUGUUCGAGACUGUCUUACAGGUAAAGAAUUUGAUACUUAUGCAAAGAUUGUCGUGAAUGCUGCUGGGCCAUUCUGUGACUCUGUAAGGAAAAUGGCGAACAAGGAUGCAAAACCAAUGAUUUGUCCAAGCAGUGGUGUUCAUAUUGUGCUACCUGAUUAUUAUUCCCCUGAAGGCAUGGGGCUAAUAGUUCCCAAGACUAAGGAUGGCCGUGUUGUCUUCAUGCUUCCUUGGUUAGGAAGAACAGUUGCAGGGACAACUGAUUCCAAUACUCCAAUUACUAUGUUACCUGAACCUCACGAGGAUGAAAUUGAAUUUAUACUGGAUGCCAUCCGAGAUUACCUCAGUGUUAAGGUACGGCGUGCAGAUGUUCUCUCAGCUUGGAGUGGUAUUCGCCCACUGGCUACCGACCCUAGAGCGAAGAGCACCGAAAGUAUUUUAAGAGAUCACAUAGUCUGUGAAGAACAUCCUGGUCUAGUCACAAUUACUGGUGGAAAGUGGACUACCUAUAGAAGCAUGGCAGAAGAUGCUGUUGAUACAGCAGUCAGAUCUGGAAAACUGAGCCCGGCCAAUAAAUGUUUGACCCAUAAUCUACAUCUUGUUGGUGGAGAUGGAUGGGAGCCUGCAUCUUUCACUGUGCUUGCACAACAAUUUACGCGCAUGAAGAGUUCACAUGGGGGUAAGGUUGUUCCGGGGGUUAUGGAUACUGCUUCAGCCAAGCAUUUGUCGCACGCAUAUGGCACUCUGGCAGAACGAGUUGCCACCAUUGCACAGGCUGAGAACUUGGGGAAACGUCUAGCUCAUGGAUAUCCCUUUCUAGAAGCAGAGGUUGCAUACUGCGCUCGCAGCGAAUACUGUGAAUCUGCAGUAGAUUUCAUUGCAAGAAGAUCUCGGCUUGCUUUCUUGGAUACUGACGCAGCCAGCCGAGCAUUGCCUCGUGUAGUGGAGAUAUUAGCCACUGAACACAAUUGGGAUAAGUCAAGGCAGAAUCAAGAACUAGAGAAUGCUAAAGAUUUUUUGGAAACUUUCAAAUCCUCGAAAAAUGCUCAAUUCCAUGAUGGAAAACACAGCUAAUCGUUAAUGGAAUACUUGUAGAGUGAUGCUCGACGAUGAACUACAUUUUUACUUUAGAUUCUGGAACCGAAAAAGGUACCUAUGUUUUUUUAGGUUUAUAUUCGGUUUUAAGAGUUGUCCCAAAAUAGGUUCUUAAUUAAAACAAAUAAUUCAAACUGUUCAUAUCGGAACAGGUAUAAUUUCACUGUGUAUCGAUAAAAAUAAAUUUUGAUUCGACUGUUGUUUAUUGGCAUCCUGAAUACAAGGAUAGACUAUUUAUUUAAAUCUCGAAGGAGAUCAGUCAUUUUUUUUUUCUUUAGAUUUUGAGUUAACUUCCAUGGCUUGUAGUCUAUUAUUUGAUCUCAAUAUUAAGUUGCAUCUGAUAUAUGGUAUUCCAAUGA